AUUAUUUAUUCAUUAUCCCUCUUCCUCCCCUUCACUUUCUCUGUCGCCACCACACACGGCCGAAUCUGCCAAAUAUCUUCACCACACAGUUGCAACUAAUUUUCGUUUUCCUUUUCGGGAAUCUUCUAUCUUCUGUCUAUUAUCUAAUUCUAUCUUCUCAAAUUUUUACUCUUCGGAUCUAAAUCCAAUACACUUUUUUUGGGUUUUCAGAGAGAGAUAUUUAUAUAUCUGUGUUUGUGUUUGGGUCGGGGACAUAGAGUGUGUCAGAAGCGGUUAAAUUUGUUUUGACAGUUACAACUAACUGAAUGGGGGAAGAGGUGAAGACGGGCGAGUACGACGAAGAGCGGGUCAUGGAGUGGGAACUGGGUCUCCCCACCGCCAACGAUCUCACGCCUCUCUCUCAGCCGCUGAUUCCGCCGGAGCUCGCCACAGCAUUCAGCAUAUGUCCGGAGCCCCACCGCACCGCCCUAGACGUCAACCGGGCCUCACGCAACACGCUCUCCACGCUGCGCGGCGGUGGGAGCGUGCACCAGGCCUUCUCCUCCUCCAACAACCACCAACACCACGAGGAGGACGAGGAGGAGGAGGACGAGGACACCGAUCGCGACGGCUCGGGGUCGGAUUCUCGGAAGCAUCGGAAGAUCGAGUGCGUGGCGGAGGAGGCGGACUCGGCGGUGCGGACGGAGAACUCGGCGGAGCGGACAGCAGUGAAGCGGCCGCGGCUGGUGUGGACCCCGCAGCUGCACAAGCGGUUCGUCGACGUGGUGGCUCACCUUGGGAUCAAGAACGCGGUGCCGAAGACGAUUAUGCAGUUGAUGAACGUGGAAGGGUUGACCCGCGAGAAUGUGGCGAGUCAUCUUCAGAAGUAUCGGCUUUACCUGAAGCGGAUGCAGGGUCUCUCCAACGAAGGUCCUUCUUCAUCGGAUCAGUUAUUCGCUUCCACACCCGUGCCUCAGAGUUUGCACGACUCUGCUCCUCCCAGUGCCCAUUCCCAUGGUCAAUCCCAUGGCCAUGCCAAUGCUCAUCUUCCUGUUCCCAUGAUGUCCAUGCCCUAUCCCCCUCCCAUGAUGUCCAUGCUUGUCCUCGGCACGCCCCAUGCCCAUGGCCACAUGGGAAUCCCUAUGCCUACUUCAUCCGCCACCUCAGCUUACCAUCCUUACAACAUGCUGCACCAAAGGGAUUGGACUCACCUUGCUCCCAAUGAUAAAUGAGCCUCUAAGAUUGAACCGCUUGAUUUUUUUCUAGUAGCUUUCCGAGAAGGAGAAUAGCUGCAUUGACUGUUACCCUGUAAUUCAUACAAAUGGAAUAUUGAGGAAGUAUAUGAAGAAGACCAUGUGGAGCUAGAUUACAAUCUGAGUCAGUAUUGUGUACCCUGUGCACAGAUUUGCAAACUUCUUGGCACGCAUAUCUAAUUCCUGUCACCUAAUUACGAGAAUUCUGGCUUAUUUCUUCUGGUCUGCCUAGACAGCUGUUUCUAAAGUAAAUUCUUAACUAGUUCUUGAUUCAUAAAUUAUAGGUUCUAUUAUUGUGUAAUCCUGAAUGUUUUAAAUCUCUUUUUCAGAACCACUGAAUAAAAGAGACUGAACAACAGACAGCAAACAUUUAUACCAUGCUCUGGCAUUAAAUGUUUUUGCUUUAUCUUAAAGCUCAUGAUCGUUAUUUCGUUUGAUAGAGAUGUAUCAUUUUCUUAAAUUGGGUGCUGUAGGUUUCUAUGUUAAAUGGUACACUGGGAGUAGAACGGGGAUUUGUACCUUGUAUAUAUAUAGAGGCAGAACACACGCAUCCCAACCUGGAG